AUGGCCACUGCUUCUCCCAUUAGCAAUCUGCUCUUCCUUCUUCUCCGGUUUAUCCGACUGAUGUACUUCCUCUUGGCUCGAUACGGCAUCGAUUUUACUUUUUACUAUCAUCAUCAUUCAUCAUCAUCUCCUUCUUCAUCACUGAUUUUCCAUCACUCGGCCUUGUAUCUACAGCUUGAGCCAAAGGGACAUGGGGAUGCUCGUAGACGCCCAUUCCGGUUUGAAGCAGCUUGGUUGACCCAUCCUAGCUUCAAAGAGCUCCUCAUAGCUUCGUGGGACCCCGCAAUAGAUACUAGAAGAGCUCUAAACAAGCUUGAGGCGGUAUUGAGGAAAUGGAACAGAGAGGUGUUUGGUGAUGUCCAAAAACAGCGAGAAGCCGAGAUGCUCAAAGAGUUCGAUACAGUGCGGGAGCAGGAAGAGUUAAUCUGGGCGCAGAAGGCGAGGGAAACGUGGAUAGCGCAUGGUGAUCGUAACACCACAUUCUUCCACACGUCGACGAUAAUCAGGCGGCGGAGAAACAGAAUUGAAAUGUUAAAAAAUGAUGAAGGUACAUGGCUUUCGGACAAGUCGGAACUGGAGGGCCUAGCGGUAGAAUAUUAUCGGAGGUUGUACUCAAUGGAGGACGUCGAUCAGGUCGUGGAACCGCUGCCGGGGGAAGGCUUUGUAGACCUAUCUCAGGAGGAUGUCAGAGCUCUUAGCAACCCCUUCUCCGAGGAUGAGAUAGUGACAGCGGUUCGAAGUAUGGGUAGUCUAAAAGCUCCGGGACCGGAUGGGUACCAACCCAUGUUCUACCAGAAAUGCUGGACGGAAGUAGGGGAGUCCGUCACACGCUUUGUGCUCGAUUUCUUUCGUACCGGCUUACUACCACAAGGUACGAAUGAUGUCAUCUUGGUGCUAUUGGCCAAAGUUGCAGGUCCGGAGAAGAUCCAACAAUUCCGUCCCAUCAGCUUAUGCAAUGUCAUUUUCAAGUUGAUAACAAAAGUUAUGGUGAGUCGUAUGAAACCAAUCAUGACCAAGUUGAUUGGACCAGCUCAGUCGAGUUUCAUCCCGGGACGACUCAGCACCGAUAAUAUCAUAAUAGUUCAGGAGGCUGUGCACUCAAUGAGGAGGAAGAAAGGGAAGAGAGGCUGGAUGCUCCUCAAGUUGGAUCUAGAGAAGGCGUACAAUAGAAUCAGAUGGGAUUUUCUCGAAGAUUCUCUUCGUGCAGCAGGGUUCUCAGAACAGUGGGUUGCUUGGAUCAUGCAAUGCGUCUCAGGGCCAUCCAUGUGUGAACUUUGGAACGGCGAGAAGACGUCCUCCUUCAAGCCAUCUAGAGGUCUGCGUCAGGGGGAUCCGCUCUCCCCGUACUUGUUUGUGUUGUGCAUGGAAAGACUUUGCCAUUUGAUUGAGAUGGCAAUUGAUGAGAAGAGGUGGAAGCCAAUAAGUUUAUCGCGAGGUGGUCCAAAGCUCUCCCAUAUUUGCUUUGCUGACGACCUAAUCCUGUUCGCUGAGGCAUCAGUAGCUCAAAUCCGAGUGGUGCGAGGUGUAUUGGAGAGAUUUUGCAGAGCCUCGGGUCAGAAAGUGAGCCUCGAAAAGUCAAAGAUUUUUUUCUCUGAUAAUGUGUCGAGGGAGUUGAGAAGUGCAAUCAGCGUGGAAAGCGGGAUUCAAUCUACGAGGGAGCUAGGAAGGUAUCUAGGGAUGCCCAUCCUCCAGAAAAGAAUUAACAAGGAGACAUUUGGUACCGUGGUGGAGAGAGUAUCAUCGAAAUUGGCUGGGUGGAAAGGUCGCGUUUUGAGUAUGGCGGGCCACAUAACCCUUUCAAAAUCAGUCCUAGGGUCCAUUCCUGUACACUCUAUGAGUUCCUGUAAAUUGCCAGAAGCGACCCUGAACAGUUUGGAGCGGCUCUCACGUGAUUUCAUAUGGGGCUCAACGGCGGAGAAGAGAAAGCAACACCUGCUUGGCUGGGACAAGUGGGAUGGAGAGUCCUUCAGGACGUCUCUAGUCUUUGGGCUCGAGUUCUUCGUAGUAAGUAUCGUGUUGGGGAUAUUCAUGACGUUACCUGGUUGGUCUCCAAAAGGCCCAUGGUCGUCCACAUGGAGGAGUGUGGCGUUGGGGAUUCGAGAUGUCAUUGUCCCGGGCCAUAGUUGGGCUAUGGGUGAUGGUCGGAGUAUAGCCUUCUGGACAGACAAAUGGCUAAUGGGUAAGGCCCUGUGCGAGUCACCUCACACGGACAUUCCAGGGGAGAUGAUGUUGUUAAAAGCGAGAGACUUAUGGAUCAAUGGCACAGGAUGGGAUAUGCAGAGGAUCUUACCGUAUGUCACGGAGGAAACCAGACUCGAACUGGCGGCAGUAGUGGUCAAUACGGUGACUGAGAGGCGCGAUAGUUUAUCCUGGAGUAUGGUAACGGAUGGAAGCUUUACAGUGUCAUCAGCAUACCGCCUAUUAACAUGCGAUGUGGCACACAAACCGGACAUGAGCCUAUUCUUUAAACGCAUCUGGCGAGUGAGAGCGCCGGAAAGAGUUCGGUCCUUCCUCUGGUUAGUUGGGAACUACGGAAUCAUGACGAAUGAGGAGAGGUCUCGUCGGCAUAUGGGAGAUACGGCGAUCUGCCAAGUGUGUAAGGCGGGAGUGGAAUCCAUCACUCAUGUGUUGCGAGAUUGCCCUGCGAUAGCAGGGAUUAUGACACGCAUCGUCCCGAGGGGCAAGCAACAAAUCUUUUUUGCUCUACCUCUCAUGGAAUGGUUAUUUGAGAAUUUGGGUGAAAAUGCUGAAACGGGAUUUGGGCCAUGGUCAACUAUGUUUGCUAUCGUGACAUGGUGGGCGUGGAAAUGGAGGUGUGGCAAUAUCUUUGGGGAUGGCAAACUGUGGAGAGACAGGGUGAAGUUCGUGAAGGAAUACGCCAAAGAAAUGUCCAGGGUUCUGUCCAAGUGUGGUGGAGGGACAAAUGUGAACAGAGCGGAAAGAUUAAUCUCGUGGACACCUCCACUGGUGAGCUGGGUUAAGUUGAACACGGACGAAGCGUCGCGCGGGAACCCUGGUUUAGCUUCAGCCGGAGGAGUUUUGCGGAAUGGUGAGGGACAGUGGUGUGGUGGAUUCGCGCUGAAUAUUGGACGAUGCACUGCUCCAAUGGCGGAGUUAUGGGGAGUAUACUAUGGGCUAUGCAUUGCGUGGGAAAAAGGGAUCACAAGGCUGGAGCUCGAGGUGGACUCCUUGAUUGUGGUGGGGUUUUUGAAGACAGGGAUGACAGACUCGCAUCCGCUGUCGUUCCUGGUACACCUGUGCCAUGGCUUCAUAUCGAAGGACUGGGAAGUCCGGGUUACACAUGUGCUUAGGGAGGCUAAUCGUCUGGCAGACGGAUUGGCUAACUACGCUUUUUCUUUGCCUUUAGGCUUACAUUUUUUAGAUUCAGUCCCAUCGGACUUACUUGUUGUUUUGAGUGACGAUGAACGUGGUGUGUCGCGUUCUCGGCAAGUUGUGGUGUAA